UCCCUGCUGGCGGGGACAGCACGACCUGUCCUUCAGUCUGGGACCUUGAAUCGGUCCCGCUGCUUUGGACUGGAGCGAUAGUGGAAGCUGAGGCGGCAGCGGUGGCAGCACAGGCUGCAGUGACCGGGGCGGUGGCGGAAGCGCUAUGUCCGAGUCUCUCCCGCGGGGUGCCGAGCGCGACCUUUACCGGGACACGUGGGUGCGGUACCUGGGCUACGCCAAUGAGGUGGGGGAAGCCUUCCGCUCCAUGGUGCCAGCAGCUGUGGUGUGGCUGAGCUAUGGUGUGUCCAGCUCCUAUGUGCUGGCUGAUGCCAUUGAUAAAGGCAAGAAGGCAGGAGAGGUGCCAAGCCCUGAAGCAGGCCGCAGCACCAGAGUGACCAUAGCCGUGGUGGACACCUUCGUGUGGCAGGCUCUGGCCUCUGUGGCCAUCCCAGGCUUCACUAUCAACCGUAUAUGUGCUGCCUCUCUCUACGUCCUGGGCACUGCCACCCGCUGGCCUCUGGCUGUCCGAAAGUGGACUACCACCGCAGUGGGACUGUUGGCCAUCCCUGCCAUCAUCCACCCCAUUGACAGGUCGGUGGACUUCCUCCUCGACUCCAGCCUGCGCAAGCUCUACCCCUCAGUGCAAAAACCCAGCUCCUCCUGACCCCACUCUGGUACCUGGCCUGGGUGUUGGCCCACUCCCUGCUCUGUUCCAGUUGCCUCUUCCUGCCGGGGGAUACGAUGCCUGGCUCCCUGGGG